UAACUACUCUGGAUCUGUUUUUGACCCAUAUAUUUUUUGCUAAUUUUAGCUGUUUAAACCUACUUAAACGAGGAAAAGAAUUCUAGGUCACAGUGUUCUUGGCGUUUCAUCUCAUGUUUUGACUACUUAAUUUUAUUCCAAUGACUCAUUUGAUUCAGUCAGUAUUUGGUCAGUAGAAUAUUGAAUCAACACAACAUCUGAAUGUAACCAUUUCGGAUUUCCUUUUAGACAUGAAUCUGUGCCUCUUAUCCCCAAUCAACUUGUCUGUAAGCAGUUUUGGCUUAUUAUUGCAAAAAUGUUUGAAAGCUAAGUUGCUGGAACCGUGCAAGCAAAUUCAUGCACUCAUGUUAACAUCGCACAUAGACAUGAAUGCUUUGUCACUGAAUUCAAAGCUCAUUGGUGCCUAUGCAAGUUGUGGGGAUCUUGAUGCAGCUGAUCUUGUGUUUGAAAGAACCAGAAACCUGAAUAUUUUUGCAUUUAAUUGGAUGAUUUCAGCUUUUGCAUUUCAUGGCUACCCUGAGAAAUCCAUUGGUUACUUCUCUCUUCUUCAACAAUCAAGAAUUAUUCCGAACAAGUACACAUUUACUAUUGUGUUGAAAGCAUGUGUUGGUCUAAUGGAUCUGAACAAAGGAAAGCAAGUGCACAGUAUGAUAUAUAGAAUGGGAUUUGAGUCAGAGUUAUCGGUUGCCAAUGCCUUGAUUGAUAUGUAUGGUAAAUGUGGCAAUACAGAAUAUGCUCGUUUAGUUUUUAAUGUAAUGGUUGAGAGAGAUAUUGUAUCCUGGACAUCAAUGAUACAUUCAUAUGCUAACACGGGGAAAAUAGAAGAAUCCUUUAUUUUGUUUGAAAAGAUGAGAUUAGAAGGCAUAAGGCCUAAUGAUUUUACAUGGAACAUAAUGAUCGCUGGAUAUGCUAGGAAAGGAGAUUGUGACACAGCUUUCAUGUUAUUGUCUAAAAUGAAUAAAGAGGGGUUGACUCCAGAUUUGGUUACUUGGAAUGCCAUGAUUUCGGGGUUCGUUCAAAGCCACAGAUCGACUGAAGCAUUAGCCUUAGUUCAGGACAUGUUGGAUGCAGGAGUUAAGCCCAAUGAAGUCACUCUCACUGGGCUUCUUCCUCUGUGUGGGUUGAUUGACUCUCUUUCUAGGGGGAAAGAAAUUCAUGGCUUAGUAUAUAGAUUAGAGUUUUUUGCUAAUGUCUUUGUUUCUAGUGCUCUCAUUGACAUGUACAGUCGAUGUGGUAGCGUGGAAGAGGCUUGGAAUGUUUUCAGUUCCGUUACUUUCAAGAAUAUUGCAUCAUGGAAUGCUAUGAUAGGAUGUUAUGGAAAGCAUGGCAGAGUAGAACAUGCAAUCAAACUUUUUGAGAAGAUGCAGUAUGAAGGAGUGCUGCCAAAUGAAGUAACAUUAACUUCUCUUCUUUCUGCAUGUAGUCAUGCUGGUUUAGUUGAGAGAGGUUUGAAGAUCUUUUGGUCCAUAGAGGAGUCUUAUGGCGUUAGAGCAAGGAAAGAGCAUUAUGCUUGUGUUAUUGAUCUUUUGUGUCGUGUUGGGAGGCUGGAAGAGGCUUACAAUAUAAUCAAAGAUAUGCCAACAGAAAUUACAGAUUCAAUUAUUGGGGCUUUCUUCAGUGGUUGUAAGGUCUACACAAGGAGAGAUCUUGCUGAAAAGAUGACUAAGGAUAUAUUGCACAUGGAUCUGAAGAAGCCUGAAGGUCUUGUAGCUCUCUCAAAUAUUUAUGCUGCUGAAGGAGAGUGGGAGAAUGUUGAGAAUGUGAGGAGCAUGAUGAAGGGCAAGGGAUUAAAUAAGAUGCCUGGUUCCAGUCGGUUGUAGAGAAUAAGAUGAUAUGCGGAACUAGAUCUAGGAACGUGAAGCAAAAUUUGAUUUUAAACCAUUAGAUAACGCAGGGGUGUUUGCUGCUAGUUUGUUAAGCCCUGGGGUUAUCAAGGCAAUGGGUCGAGGAAGAGGAAAGGGUAAGAAGUUGAGUGUAAUUGACCCCAAUGAUCCAGGAAGUGAUGAGGAAGAGAAAAUCCCUACUCAGAGAGGAAGGCCACAAAAAUCACUCAAAGAUGACAUUGAGGAAGAAGCAACUGAGAUGAUCGAAGAGGAAGAUUCUGAGAAUGAAAAAAAUGGAAUUCCAAACUUGGAGAUUAAAAAUUCUGCUACGGGAAAUGGGAAGAAGAGGAAUCAGAAUACUCGGAUGAAAGAAAAGCAUGAUUCAGUUAAAGAAGAAAACGAUAAUGGAACAAGAUCAAGCAACGCUGAAUCUACUAGGUCAAAUAAUGGUUUCCGCCAUAGGCGGAAAAACAAGCCUCGCCGUGCUGCAGAAGCUGGUGUUGAGUGCAACUGACAUUUUGGCUGUGUAUUAUGUGGACUUAGUUCUUUUGUGAUGGCAGAUAGAUCCUUUUACACUGUAAAUCACGCCUUAGUUUCUAUGUUCCUUUCUGUAUGCUCAUUUUGGCACUUUAGUACAUUGAUCUUUCUGAACCUUUUUGGAAAGGUCUUGAGCUGGUAAUACUGUUUAUGAUUUUCAAUGCUGCUAAUAUUGUAUCUUGAGCAUUUCUACUUGA